AUGUCACUCCUCAAAAUCCCACUCAUUCUCUCAUCUGCUAUCGCUGUGCACGUAGCGUUCACACCCCCCCAGGUCGCCUCUAAGAAUGAGGUUGUCCAUGAUACUUUUAAUGAGUGGGUCAUCAUUCAGCACGUCAAAUACGGGCUCCCGAUCACAAAGGCAGUUUACUGGGCUGUUUCUCUCGCAGAAAUCGCUAUAGCCGCCUCUCGCAUGGCAGGCCCCAACACACUUCCCAGCGUGAUACAAAACACAGUCGGUCCACUUCUUUCAAGGAUCCAGGACGUGCCGAUUACUCCUUCUUUCCUUCUUGGCACAGCAGUUGUUGCCGUGGGAGGAUACCUCCGCUGGUCGUGUUUUCGCACCCUUGGUCGUUUUUUCACAUUCGAGCUCACUGCCCAAAAAAAGCACCAGCUUAUCACGACUGGACCAUACUCGAUCGUACGCCAUCCAGCCUAUUCAGCAGUCGUUGUGCAGUACAUCGGUAUAGUGAUGUUGCACGGAUCGGGGACUUCAUGGCUUAGACAAUCAGGGGUAUGGGGUAUCCCUGGACUGAAAGCGGUUAUGUUGGCAUGGCUGGUGGAGAGAACGAUUACUGUGACAAGCCUCGUGCGUAGGAUCAACCAAGAGGAGGAAGUCGUGAAGUCAAUGUUUGGAGACGAAUGGCAGAGGUGGGCAAAGGUAGUAAGAUACCGGCUCAUACCCGGCAUCUACUAA